CGGCGUUAUAUAGCGGUGCGUCAGGUGACGCGCCGCAUUGCAGACGGGGUGCGCGGGAGGAUGGCGCGGCGGCUGCUCUGCCUCCUCGGCCUCCUGGCGGCCGCUGUGGCAAGCCCCCUUUUGUGGCAGAAGGAUUGCGUGAAGGGCCCUGAGGUAUGGUGUCAGAGCCUUCGGACAGCAUCACAAUGUGGAGCUGUGAAACACUGUCAGCAGACCGUUUGGAGCAAGCCUACGGUGAACAGUAUCCCCUGUGACUUGUGUAAAGAACUUGUGACAGUGGCUGGCAAAGUCUUGAAGGACAAUGGCACAGAGGAUGAGAUUCGCUCUUACUUGGAGAAGACAUGCGAGUUUCUUCCUGAUCAAGGCCUUGUCUCUGAGUGCAAGGAAAUUGUGGAUUCCUACCUACCAGUUAUCAUGGAUAUGAUCAAAGAAGAGCUAGAUAAACCUGAAGUAGUAUGCAGCGCCCUUUCAUUGUGCCAGUCCCUUCAGAAGCACCUUGCAGCAAUGAAACUUCAGAAGCAGCUCCAGUCCAAUAAGAUACCAGAGCUGGACUUGUCUGAACUGACAUCUCCAUUCAUGGCUAAUGUGCCUCUUCUCCUUUACCCCCAGGACAAACCCAAGCAAGAGUCCAAGGGGACUGGGGAUGUCUGCAAAGACUGCAUUCAACUAGUUACUGAUCUUCAGGAAGCUGUGAGGACAAACUCCUCUUUUGUGAAGUCAUUAGUGGCUCAUGCCAAGGAUGAGUGUGACCGUUUGGGACCUGGAAUGUCUGAUAUGUGCAAGAGUUAUAUCUCAGAAUAUUCUGAUUUGGCUAUCCAAAUGAUGAUGCACAUGCAACCAAAGGACAUUUGUGCCAUGGUUGGGUUCUGUCCUUCUUUGAAAUCUGUUCCUCUUCAGACACUAGUGCCAGCUCAAGUGGUUCAUGAAGUAAAAACGGAAACUGUGGAGAAAACAUCGGUUCAAGAGAAGACAUUUUCUGUAUGUGAAAUAUGUGAGACCGUGGUGAAGGAAGUGACUGGCCUGUUGGAGAGCAACAAGACAGAGGAGGAGAUUGUACAUGAAAUGGAGGUGAUCUGUUACCUGUUUCCGGCAAGCGUAAAAGACCAGUGCAAAGACUUCAUAGAAGUCUAUGGCCAGGCUGUGAUUGACAUGCUCUUGGAAGCAACAAGUCCUGAAGCUGUGUGUGUUAUGCUGAAGUGCUGUGCAAUCAACAAGCCUCCUCAGCCAGUUUUAAUGAAACCUGCAGGAGGCUUCUGUGAUGUCUGCAAGAUGGUGGUAGCUUAUGCGGACAAAGAACUAGAGAAGAAUGCCACAACAGCUGAAAUUGAGGCUUUAUUGGAAAAAGUCUGUCACUUCCUGCCAUCAUCUGUCACUGACCAGUGUGUUCAGUUUGUAGAACAAUAUGAACCAGUGGUUGUGCAACUCUUGGCAGAGAUGAUGGAUCCCACUUUUGUCUGCACUAAACUAGGAGUGUGUGCAUCAGCUAAACAGCCUCUUCUAGGGGAUGAUGCUUGUGUCUGGGGUCCAGGCUACUGGUGUAAGAACAUGGAGACUGCUGCUCAGUGCAAUGCUGUUGAUCACUGCAAACGUCAUGUGUGGAACUAGAAGAAGUAUUUCCAGUUCUGAAAGCUUGCUGUGACACCUGAAAACGUGGGCUGAGGCUGGUGGAGAGCUGCAUCUCCAGUGUCCCUCCUCUGCCUCAUUAACAAUUUGACCUUCAAGUUCCUUUAUUGUAACUUUUCUGUAGCAGUGCUGCUGUUGAAGGAUCAGAUCUUCAUUGUUCACUUAAAGAUAUUUCUGAUUGUAAAGUUUAACUCAUUAUGCUCCUAAAAAUAGUCAGUGUUGUAGACUUUAAUUGGUAGGCUGAAGUGUUUUUAGGCACUGAGAAUGGCGGAGAAGGUGAAAUGAGACAAGGCUAUUAUCUUUUAAUUAAAGAAAAGAACAAGGCAGUGACUAAAUUUUCAAGUGUCUUUCUGUAGUCAGCAUUUGGAAGAUUACAUGUCUUGCAUUUUUAGCAUCUGCCUGGAAUAUUAAUUUUCUGUAUAACUGUAGGGGAACUCUGAGAAGUAAUGUUGAGUCCCUGAUUCCCUUUGGCUGGAAUUCUCAAAGCUUUGCAAGUGUAGGAGGGGACUUUGUGCCUGGCAGCUUUCAAAGUAACUGGUACAUAAAGUACACUUGCAUUUGAGUGACCGCACUUAGGGCUUGAUGUUAUCCUAGCUAAGGAAACCCUCAGUCAACAUUUGGAUCAGUCUCUUCCUUCCUUGGACCACUUGGUCUAAACGUGGGUGUUCUACUGUCAGGCCCUAUAGCCACUUUUGGGCAUGUUGAUAUAAUUAGGGAAUAGCUCUGCUUUGUCUUGUAGUGGCUCAAUUCUACUUAGUCCAGCAGCUUCCUACAUGCAGCCAGAUUGGGGAUAGGGAGGGUAGAAAGGACUGGUUAACAAGAAAUGAAGGGGGGGAAGAAGCACUAGGCACUGUGUAUAUGUCAAAGUAAGGCUGGUAUAAAAAGCAGUAUGCGUGGGAAGUGGCUUUAUAGUAAAAUGCCGUUUCUUUCCCUGCUUUGUGUUCCUGUCAUGGUAUAUUUCAGUUCUGAAACCUCAGAGAAGCUAUGAGGUUUGCUAGCAGGUUCCAUUACUGCCAUUCAUUCAGACUGACACUCAUCCUUUUGAGUAGUUUUAAGUGUAGUUUUUUCCAGAGUUUCCAUACAGUAAUGGUAAUUGCAUCUAAGUUGCCACCAACCAUCUCUGCUUGCUAGUAUACUGUGAUAGGUGCUUGACAGCUUUACUGGCAUAUCUGUGAACCCACCUUUAUGCAUGUGCAGUAGAAAGCAUCCCACUAAAAUGGCCCUAAAUUCUGUUAUCGGUGAUGUGCAGAUUAAGAGUUGUGACUCUUCCCAUACUAGAACCUACUACUGCACAAAUCUAGCUAUUAAAGUAGUGGAAAGAUGCCCAGGAACUUUAAGGUUUUCCUAAGUCUCGCAAAGUGAUGUCUUGAUGUUUGCGGUGCCUGAGCACGUCUUUAUGCCUGCGCACUGCUGAGUGUCGAACAAGAAGCCCAGUUACAGAAGGCUGCUGUGGCAGGCUGCUAUGCAGACAGAAGCCCUGCCCUUGGGGUAGAGGAGGGCAGUAAGAAUCAUGCUUCUGUGGCUUUCUGUGGAUUGUGUAGCCCUUACCAGUGGGAAGAGCAUAAUUCUGAACAAGUUAAUCCUUGAAAUGCAGGCCCUGAAGUAGCUCUGAAAGGAUGCGGUGGGGUGGAGGUAGAGCUUUGAAAAUUCCAGUCCCCUUCAGAAAGGUGCCAGCAAUUGCUUCUGUCUGUGUGGUGUCUUGGGCGAGGUGAGAGCUCUAAUAAUAAUGCUUUAAGAACAAGCAAACUAAUUUUCUUGGAGUUUAACUGAAAACCACUCAGUUGCAGCUUUUUGUUGCUUGUACAUACUAAAUGCCUGGGCAAUGUUGACAGAUAUCAAUACAGGUUUGUCUUUGUUUGUAUUUGUACAGAACCCUGAAGUGCUCGUUGCUUUUUAAAAAGUUCCCUGAAGACGUAAAGCCUGAAAUUUUCUUUCUUGGCAGGUUUGUGCGUUGGUUCCUGUGGUGUAUCCUGAUCAGGGUUGAUGCACUGGAUAGUCAAUGGGCUCCUUUAGCAUUGUUGCCCUGGAGGUACAGGUUGUGUUACACCACGCCAUGUAGUAUGGUCUUCAGUCUCUUCAACUGGGAUGGCAUUCUUUAACAUGGGUUUGUGGGGUGGGGGGUGGAAUUGCUCUUACAGAUUGAUGAAGUUUAAUUUUCUUGGGUUUUAGUAUUGAACAACUUAAACUGGCAACCUUAGGGCGAGAUGAAUUGGGGAAGCCCUAUGCUGAUGCAGGGAAUCUCUUUAGUUUUCUCACUUCCUGUGGAACGUUGCACCUGACCCGCUUGAGUAAUGUGUGUCAGGGAAUAUGGUUGCUUUAUAAAGAACAUUGUCUUGAUUUAUUUGUUUGCACAAAGGCUUCUUUAAUGAACAAUAAACUUCUGUGAACCAAUAA